ACCAUCUGGUCUCCCCCAUCCCACUGACCAAUUGACCAUGAACCAUCACUGAAACUGAAGGAGACCAGGAAGGGAUAACGUUACCAAGAUGAGAUAGAUGGAGUUGGCGUUCCAGCAUGGAGACUCGCCUCUUCGCAUUCCCCUUCUUAGUCAGUGCUCCAUCAAUGCCACCGAGAAGCCCUAGUUUCUCUCCCGCCCGAAACCCUAAUUACUCGGCUCAUGUUCUCUGCUGCUCCAGGUAUCGUCCUCGUCGAAGUGAUGGCAGUGACAGUUCGUACUGGAAUUCAAACGCCGAGCCCCUCCGAAGAAAAAGAUCCAGGUUCGGAUUCGGAGAAGAAUCGAUUAAUGAAGAUGACGAUGACGGUAUUGGCUUCAGAAGGCGAUACAAACAACGGAAAUGGUGGUCUGAUAGGCCAUCGUCCUGGGAUAACGACCGGGGAACCGGGGUCUUUGAGGAAGUUAUUGAUAGCUUCUGGAUUUUAAAGGUAUUCAGUUCUUUUGGAUGGGCACUUCCAGUCAUCAUUCUAUCAAUGUUGAUAGCUUCAGGUCCUAAAGCUUUCCUCAUGGCUUUAGCACUUCCACUUGGGCAGUCUGCAAUUUCUCUAGCAAUCGAUAAGUUGUGGGGAGGGACUCGUGAUAGCCCAAAACGUAGAUCCAAGACCAAGAAGAAUCCUUUUGCCAGGACUCCACGUGAUGCUCAAAUGAGUGAAGAAGAAAAACAAGAAGAAAUCGGAGGAACUGGCAAUGGAAGGUAUAGAUAUCAGUCAUGGGUGGCAGCCAACUAUGGUUCAGAUAAAGGUGGUCAAUAUGAGUCUGGUUUUGGUGGAUGGGAUGAGCUGGAUAGGCGAGGCAAGCCUGAUAAGGAGCCAACAAAGAUGCCACUUGGAACAGGAGGUGGUAUAUCAAGGCCACAGGUGGAGAAAAAGGGAAAGCUGAGCAGGAAAGGGAGAAACAAAAGCACACCAUUGCUGCUAAGGCUGCUUAUUGCUGUCUUUCCAUUCUUGGGAUCAUGGACUAAGUUGUUAUAGCAUUCCUGGCAUACUUGGCUAGCGUGUGGAUCCCACAUGGUUUGUUUGCAAAUGCCUAGAAGUCUACUAAAGUGCUAGAAAAGUACAAAGUUAGCUUGCUCUAUUCUUUCUCAACAACAUCAAAGCUAAUAACUUGAGUUCUAGAUUUGUAUAUUUGUAAGUUCAGGGCAGUUGAGUUACUGAAGAUGGAAGCCUUUGUGGUUGUAUUUGACAAUGGAAGAUUCUGAGCUCCCACUCAGGCAGAUGGUGACUGAGCCUCGUAGACCCCUUACUCCAUGCAGAUAAAUAAUUACCAGUGGAAGAGGCCAGCGCACUGAUGAAAUCAGGAUGAACAGUUGGAAGAUCGAAGUGCAGCUGGAAUUUCUAAAGCAGAAUGAGUCUUUGCAAACAUUGGUAACAGAACGAGUAAGCAUUGUGUAACAAAAUAUUGACAGCUUGGCUGCAAGUUCUGCAAAAUCAUUUUUCAAUUUGCUAGAGCUUAGUAGGCACCAUUAGAAAUUAGAGACAUUCUUUCAAAACAAGAGUGCAGGUAUUGAUUGAGAUGACUGUAAUAAACACAUCCGUACAGUAUAUCCUUUUCCUUGGCCUUUUUGCCAUAUUUUAACACCAUUUGUAAAGAUGAUCGUUAAUGUUCA